AUGCUCGAGUGGAAACCUCCUUUCCGGUCCAGCGUGGUCGUCUCCGACUCCUCCUCUCCCAGCGCCAGUGCCGCUCCGAGUCGCGAACCCACGCCGCACACCAUGCAUCGUCCGGAGAUGCCCCCCGACGCCUCGCUGGUUCUUGUUGGCAUUCGAGGGUGCGGGAAACGCUCGCUGGGCUUCGUCGCAGCCACCGCUCUGAAGCGACGGUUCAUCACGGCCGACUAUUACUUCCAGGAAACCACCGGCAUAACGCGAAAGGAAUAUCUAAAGACCCAUGGCAGCCAGAAGUUCCAGCGGCGCGAUAUCGAAGUGCUGAAGAUGAUGCUGGACAACAACCAGAAACAUUGCAUCAUUGAGCUAGGUCUGGGCAGUCUUACUCGAUCGGUUCAGGAUCACCUCAGACGAUACUGCCAAACAAACCCAGUGGUCCAUCUAAUCCGCGACAUCAACCGCAUCCAGCAAUUGCUUGGGCUGGACGAUGAAGCCGUGCGGCUCCUGCGCGAUGGUGAUUCAUCACAUCGGGCCUGUUCAAAUUAUGAAUUCUACAAUUGUGAAGAUCGGACUGUCGUGGUGUCUGACGACGGCAGCCCGGAUCGUCGGUCUGGCGACUACUCGUUCAAACUACAAGAGGUGAAGGAGGAUUUCACGCGGUUUGUAAGCUUCAUUACCGGUGCCAAUGUGAACCAUUCCAGCUAUGACUCGCCCUUUGUUCUGCUCGAGACACCGCCGGAGCUUCGCUCCUUCACCCACGCCAUCUUCGUGCGAUCUUCCGAUCUGAUAGCAGACAGGGUCAAUCUCCCCGAGCUUGAAUCUGGCGGAGAUGCCAUCGAACUCUGCGUCGACCGCUGGAGUUCACAAAUGGUGGCCACCGUCAGCGAGCAAGUAUCAGUGCUUCGUCGAAAUGCCCGAGCGCCAGUGAUUCUUUCAAUCGACGCGGCAGCUUUGGCCGCCGACGCCCACAAUCAGUCUCCUGAACAGGCAUCCCGGACUUAUUUUGACAUCCUGGAGCAUGGACUCCGCUUAGGCGUCGAAUAUUUGGUUGUGGACCUGGUCGGGGGGAAGACGAAGAUCAUCGGCCAACACAUCUUUGGAGCAUCUGCACGCGUCACAUGGGAAGACGACAGUUGCGUUGCCAUUUAUCGGGACGCCGAGAAGCUCGGCUGCCAGCUGGUGCGCCUCCUCCGGGUAGCAGUGCAACGCGAGGAGAACGCAGCUGUCGCUCAAUUUACCAGAAGGAUUGGGAGACUUCCUGGAACGCAUCCACCGCUGAUCGCCUACAAUAUUGGCCCUCUGGGACGGACGUCUCAAAUAUUCAACUCCAUACUGACCGCCGUCAAACACCCAGCCAUCGUUCGUUUAGAAGAAAAAGUAAAUCAGUGUGAUCCGCAGCUCACGUCGGCCGACGUCAUGCGUGCGCUCUGUCAGAGUUACAUGCUGGACCCGCUCAAGUUCUACAUCCUUGGCAAGGACGUUGCGUAUAGCGUAUCACCCGCAAUGCAUAACGCGGCGAUCCAAUACUGUGGCCUGAGCCACAAGUACAGCAUCCCAGACUCGCCCUCACUCGCGGUUGUGGACCGGCUGGGCCGAGACCCGAACUUCGGUGGCGCCAGCGUCGUCCAGCCGUGGCGUGUCGAGGUAUACCAGAAGCUGGCAUCCAAAAGUCGGCACGCCGAGGCUAUCGGAGCGAUCAACACGAUCAUGCCCUUGCGAGAGGCUCCAGAUGGUAGCAUGUUUCCCCUGCAGGAGCAGGCGAGUCGACGCGGUCAGGCAGGCCGCCCCGUGGGGUUUUUUGGCGAGAAUACAGACUGGGUGGGCAUCAUGACCUGCAUCACCCGCCACCUCUCUCCGCGCAACGCUAUCAGUGCGCCCAAGACGACUGGCCUGGUGAUCGUCCCGGGGGAGGAAGUGGCGAGACACUUCAACUCGUGGGCAUCAUCCCAGGUGGACUCGACCGAGGUCGUGCGGGUGCUUCGAUCCACCCAGGAUGACUGGCCUGCCGACGCUCUUCCUCCCAGCUUGAUCGCCUCCUGUGUGCCGGCCGACCCUGACCGCGACGAACCCCCCGCGAACUUCGAGAUGCCGAUUCAGUGGCUCGGAAGUCCGACGGGGGGAGUUGUUCUCGAGCUAUCCUAUAAGCCUUUGGACACGCCACUGCUCCGACAGAUGCGGCGAUUUCGCAGUGAGACCGGGCGACCCUGGGUCUUAUCGGACGGGUUGGAGAAUGUAAUUGAACAGGGCAUCGCGCAAUUCGAGCUAAUGACCGGACGAAAAGCUCCCCGAAGGCUCAUGACCCGCGAAGUACUCCGAAAUUAUGAAGGUGAGGGAGGGUUUCGGUUUGACGAGAAGUCGAUCCAGGCUCGUCUGGAUGGCGUUUAUUCUAUGUGA